AAAGCCUUAAGAAAAGGUAAAAAGAAAAACCCAACAAUAAUCAAUCUCAUUUUCAUUACUAAUAUGUAUAUAUAUAUAUAUAUGGUUGGAACAACAAAGAAAGAUAUCGCUUUUUAGAACCAAUCUUCUAAUCUUUAUCCUUAAACCACCUCACCGAACAAAGGGUUUCACAAUAACACAAAAAACUCCUUUUCUGUUCUUCGUUUUCCCUUUUUUGUUACACUUUUCCUUUGUUGAUUAUCUACCAUUUUUAAGCUACAAGUUGAGAAGCCAUGGAUGUUGCAUUUGACCCGUGGUAUACAAGAUGUUCUCCAAGUACAUGAUCAGAAGCCGAUCAUAUCCAAAAAAAUCAAAAGGAUUGAAAGAAGUCAUGCAAGAAACGAAAGGCUCAAAGCUGCAAGCUAAAUGACUUAUGAAUCCCAUAAAGCUUCAUACAUUCUUCUGAGAUUUCCACGACCAUUUUUCAUUACCAUCUAAUAUCACAUUAUCAAAUUGUAAUGGAUUGGAAUGAAUUUUGGGAAGAAAAUGAGAUUGUUGAAGGAUUAUAAGCAUAACUAUUAAAUUUUUCGAGAGAUAUUCCUGCCAAAAUUAUACUAACAUUUUAUUACCAUUCCAACCAUUUAAUACCGAUUAUCAAACGGGUCGUGAUAGUAAUGGUUCCAAGCUCAGAUUUUUGGUGAAUAGAAUAAUUCUUGACCUUUUUCGUGUUAUAACUUUCGAUUUAAGGUCGAGUUUGAAAGAUUUAGCCAAGUACAGGUCUUGUAGUAUAAUAUAUUAGGUGGUUGAUUCUGUUGUGAUAAGACUAAUGACUCUAACCUGAAAAUCUGCACUCUAUGAACUGCUAUUUUGUUGUUCUUUAACUAGCAUUAUUUCAUUGCUGCUCAACUGAAAUAUUGGAUCCAUUAUUUCAGAAAAAAUGACAAAGAAAUCCUUCAAGGAAGAAAAUAGUCUUGAGCAAAGACGUGCAGAGGCUGCAAGGAUCAGAGAGAAAUACCCAGAUAGAAUACCAGUGAUUGUGGAGAAGGCGGAAAGUAGUGAUAUCCCAAGCAUAGACAAGAAGAAAUACUUAGUCCCAGCCGACUUGACUGUUGGACAAUUCGUUUAUGUGAUUCGCAAGAGGAUUAAGCUUAGUCCAGAAAAAGCUAUCUUUAUUUUCGUGGACAACGUCCUUCCAUCUACUGGGUCGAUCGUGUCUGCUGUAUAUGAAGAGAAAAAAGAUGAAGAUGGGUUCCUCUACGUAACUUACAGUGGCGAGAACACAUUCGGAUUUCUCGCCUUCGAUUAGUAUGAGUAUGGAUCAUUCACUUUGGUGAUUCUUUUUUAAGUUUCAAAUUUUAGUAGGGAUUAUUUUUUAUUCUGUUUUUAUAGUUAUACUUAUACUCAUUUUCCAUUUGCGCACUCGAAAGAGUAAACAUUUUGAAAAUGAUGUAUAUAAUUUCUUCAGAUCAUGGAUUUAGUGGUGCAGUUUAUGACUUCUUGAAAGAUCUUGUGCUUUGAUGCUAAGGCAUGCUUUUGUUUGUUGACAUAAAAUUUUAUUACUAUUACUAACAAUAA